GCGCGCUCAGUACCUCCCAGUGUAAUUGGAAGUAGCCACAACCACCUACUAUUUGAUUAAAGGUGACAAGCAAAUUAUUAGAGUAAAAUCAACACGAAAAAAAAACAUAUUUUUGUGGCUGGAGGUUAUUUGUGGUGGUGAGAAGGACGAAUGAAUGAAUACGUUCAUACGAUAUCGCUCAAGUGUUUAUUGAAUGGGCCAAAAAAAUAGCAUACAUACGUACAAGUAUAUAAGAAAAUAAAAAAGUUUGAGGCAAAACAUUCAAGUUAAUAAAUUAAAAAAAGAAACCGCACAAGAGUAAAAUUAGUAUAGCAAAGAAGUGGCAAAACUCCAUUAUCGCACAACGCCUUCGUGAGUGCAGCUGAAAUCGCGGCUCCAAAAGGCGGAAGUAAUACUGUGGUGGGAAAAUUAAGUUUAAAAAAGUGCAAAUAAAUGACACACACAAACAAAAUAGAAACCACCAUUUUCGCAAAUUUAAUUAAAAAUUAAAAACUACAAUACAGAUUUCGAUGUUAAAAGUUUCUUUUGGAUUUAAAUUAACAGUUAAUUACAAUUAAUUGAUUUAGCAUCAAUAUCCUCGCAUUCGCAGAAAAUCUCCAUUCGCCGAAAGAUAGUAUCGAAAAAAUGCAAAAUUGUUCAAAAAAAACUUAAAAAUUGCUUACUUUCACGCUGUGUGUCUUAAUUCUCUUAUUUUUUCGCUGUUAUAUUUCGUUCAUCGUUCAUCCUUCCUACAUUGAAGUAGAACAAAUUACGACUUUUUGCCAGCAGCCUGCAAACAAAUACACAAGCAAUCAAGAAAGUACUAAAAAGUGAAAAAGUAUUAUCAAAAAGUGGUAAAAAACCGAAACAACAGAGGCAGCAAAACAGUAGCAGACGAACUUUAAAAUGGGUCAGGAGGAUCAAGAGGUGUUGAUACGGGGCGGCAAGGCCACCAGCACAUCGGUCGAAAGUUUGAAUAAUAAUAAUGUGCAGUCCUUCGAGCAAUCUUCAAUAAAUCAAGGGUUUAGCAAAAAUUAUGGUACACUCACACCGCUACCGCCCACGCUCACUGAGGAUAAUCUCACUUACUCUUGGUAUAAUUUGGAUGUUUUUGGUGCGGUUAAUCAGCCCGGCUCGAGUUGGAAGCAGCUGUUAAAUCGAGUGCGAGGUGUUUUCUGCAAUGAGCGUCAUAUACCCGCGCCACGCAAACAUCUCUUAAAAAACGUCUCUGGCGUCGCCUACCCCGGCGAAUUGCUUGCAGUCAUGGGCAGCUCGGGCGCCGGCAAAACUACACUUCUCAACGCACUCGCUUUUCGUUCAUCAAAAGGCGUGCAAAUAUCGCCAUCCAGUGUACGCAUGCUCAACGGUCAUCCGAUUGAUGCCAAGGAAAUGCAAGCACGUUGUGCUUAUGUCCAGCAAGAUGAUCUAUUCAUUGGUUCGCUCACUGCACGUGAGCAUCUUAUUUUCCAUGCAAUGGUGCGUAUGCCACGGCAUACGACACAGAAGCAGAAGGUACAACGGGUUGAUCAGGUUAUACAAGAUCUCUCGCUGGGUAAAUGCCAGAAUACGCUGAUUGGUGUGCCGGGCCGUGUGAAAGGUUUAUCUGGUGGCGAACGCAAGCGACUAGCGUUUGCAUCGGAGGCGUUAACAGAUCCACCACUGCUGAUUUGUGACGAACCAACUUCAGGCUUAGACUCAUUCAUGGCUCACAGCGUCGUACAGGUACUCAAGAAGUUAUCGCAGAAAGGGAAAACCGUCAUAUUGACCAUACAUCAACCAUCGUCCGAAUUGUUUGAACUGUUCGAUAAGAUCUUAUUGAUGGCGGAUGGGAGGGUGGCCUUUUUGGGAACACCUGGUGAAGCGGUGGAUUUUUUCUCAUACAUUGGCGCUCAAUGUCCCACCAAUUACAACCCAGCUGACUUUUACGUACAAGUUUUAGCCGUGGUACCAGGUCGGGAAGCAGAAUCAAGGGACCGUAUAGCCAAAAUUUGUGACAAUUUCGCAGUCGGCAAGGUGUCUCGCGAAAUGGAGCAGAAUUUUCAGAAAUUGGUGAAAUCCAAUGGCUUAUCCAUAGAGGACGAUAAUGGAUUUACAUACAAAGCCUCCUGGUUCAUGCAAUUUCGUGCGGUACUUUGGCGCUCCUGGCUGUCCGUUUUAAAAGAACCGUUAUUGGUGAAAGUGCGCUUAUUACAAACGACGAUGGUUGCUAUUCUUAUUGGCCUGAUCUUUAUGGGACAACAACUAACUCAAGUCGGCGUUAUGAACAUUAACGGUGCAAUAUUCUUGUUUUUGACCAAUAUGACUUUUCAGAACGCUUUCGCUACCAUAACUGUCUUCACAUCUGAGCUGCCGGUCUUCAUGCGUGAGACGCGUGCUCGCCUUUACCGCUGCGACACAUACUUCCUUGGUAAAACAAUUGCCGAACUGCCACUCUUCUUAAUUGUCCCGUUACUCUUCACUGCCAUCGCAUAUCCAUUGAUUGGCCUACGUCCAGGUAUUGAUCAUUUCCUCACAGCGCUGGCUCUUGUCACUUUAGUAGCCAAUGUUUCAACAUCAUUUGGCUAUUUGAUUUCCUGCGCUUGCUCAUCGACAUCGAUGGCCCUAUCGGUGGGUCCACCUGUUAUUAUUCCGUUUCUUCUUUUCGGUGGCUUCUUUUUAAACUCUGGCUCCGUGCCGGCGUACUUCAAGUGGUUAUCAUAUUUGUCAUGGUUCCGUUAUGCCAAUGAGGGAUUACUAAUCAAUCAGUGGGCGGAUGUGAAGCCGGGUGAAAUCACUUGCAGUUUGUCCAACACCACUUGCCCGAGCUCGGGCGAAGUUAUAUUGGAAACGUUGAAUUUUUCGGCGAGUGAUCUGCCCUUCGAUUUCAUUGGAUUAGCUCUGUUAAUUUUGGGCUUCCGAAUAUCCGCGUAUAUAGCGUUAACUUUCCGUACGCGACGUAAAGAGUGAGGGGAGAAUAGAUAAGAAUUGUGUUGGGUUAAAACUUUUUUCUGUUUAAAAAUUUAGUUUUG